AUGGCACCCGGUGUUCUCGAUCAAAACGCGAAUACCUCCUACGGCGAUUGGCGCGAUGACUUCUACAGCAAAGGAUAUGCUGUGUUGAAGGGCGUUAUAUCCCGUGAGAAAGCACUCAAAUAUCGCAACAAAGCUCUUGAUUGGCUGCAGUCAUUUGACACUGCUUUCGAUAUCAAUGAUCGCAGCACCUGGACUUCCGAAAACUUGCCCCAGAGUUUCAAGGCUGGAAUGUACUUGAACUACUGCGCCGCGCAUGAAAAAUACGUCUGGGACGCACGAAUGGAACCAGAGGUCAUUGCCGCUUUCGCCAAAAUUUGGGGAACUGAGGAGUUGCUAGUGUCUUUCGACACUAUCAAUGUGACUCUGCCAGGCCGCACUGACGUUGAGUGGUCACCGUGGCCCCAUGUUGAUCAGGCGCCCGAACGCAAAGGCCUUUCUUGCGUUCAAGGAAUCAUCAACUUGAGCGAGGCCGGUCCCAAGGAUGGCGGUCUGAUGCUCAUGCAGGGCUCGUCUAAGCUUUUCGACCGUUUCUUCAGUCUCAACCCUCCCGACCGCACCCAGGGUAUCGGAGCCAAGCACUACGACUUUUACCCCUUCAAAGAGCACCACGUCAAGUGGUAUGAAGAGCAAGGAUGUAAUCUUAUUAAGGUCUGUGCCGAGCCAGGAGAUUUGAUUCUUUGGGAUUCUCGCUCUAUGCACUAUGCGAAGUUCCCGGAGAGUGAUGAGAUUCGCACCAUCAUCUACGCUUGUUACACGCCCGCUUCUCAUGCUACUCCUGAGGAUCUGAAGAAAAAGGCGGAGAUAUUCCACCGCUGGGAGACCACCACUCACUGGCCCCACUGCAAUAUUCAUGGACAUGGGAAGGCGAUGGUUGACGGCAAGGUUGACCCCUUGGAAAGAGACAACCCUCUCGAGAAGCCCGUCUUGACUGAUCGCCUGCUCCAACUUGCUGGUGUCAAGCCUUAUUAG